AUGUCCGGGUACCAUCGAAUUUUCAAUCUUCCACAAACAUCAAAUUUUUUCUCCAAUCAAACAACCACCAAACGGAUCGCCAGUAUCACCAUCUGUCAAUCAACUAUACCUAUAAUGAUCCUGGCUGUGUUGAAAAGAGGGAUCCACACCUCGUUGAAGACCUCUGCCGAAGUAGACAAAGACUUCUUGAACAAGAUCUUGGCCAAAGUGACAGAAACCACCGCAAAGCCAACGUCGAAAAGACCAGCCAAAAAGAGAGACAACACCUACAAGGCUGAUAGAAAUAAUAAUAAUAACAGAACUAACAACAACAACAACAACAGAACUAACAACAACAACAGAAAAUUUAACAACAACAAACCUAACAGUCAAAAGAAUGGCCAGCAACCAAACAAGAGAACUGCCGCCCCAAGAUCCAACAACAAAAGCUCGAGGUUUGCCAAAGACAAUAUGGACGUGAUGGACGCCAACCAUACCACCCCAGGGAAGUUUGUCGGUGGUGGCAAGAAAUCAGCUUCUAAGCCAAAAAAUUCUAGACAGGGCCAGCGCCGUGUUGCCGCACCACCAAAAAUGGUUGCCUACAGUAAACCAACCCAGUAUACUCCAGAAACCUUGACCCCACAGAGUCUAUUACGUUAUUCAUCUGUGAUGCCACUGACCAAGGACUUACGUGUGUUGAAUUAUGCCAUGGGUGGGAUUCCAAAAGAUUCCGAAGCAUUAUCGUCUAUUCGUUUCAAAGGGAUUGUCAGAGGAGAUUACCAAGUCAUUGACCAAUCUAGCAGCAUUUUGAGCAAGAAUACUGCCAAGUUAAAUUUCAAUUUCGGGGUGGUGAAGAAUUUGUUGAACAAUAAUGGGUCUUACGACUUGGUGUCGAAAACUAAGGCGUUUGAACCUUGUGUCGGGGUAAAGAGUGUCAAAGAGUUGAUCAACAAUUAA